GUUUCAAUGUAAUCAAAUGACUGAUUAAUAAACGGUUUAUUAUGUGAAAUGAAUUAAUAGUUUAUGAUAAAUGCUUUAUAUAAAUUUGUACUUUUAUAAAUGCACCCACGAGGCGAAGUAACAACAGGAUGGUGGGUGUUCGCUACGGUCAUGGCCAUCAUCACCGUGGCAACCGUGAUCGGGAAUCUCUCAGUGGUGAUAGCGUUGUGCAAGGUGAAGCGGUCUCCCACACACUUCCCGCUGACCAGUCUGGUGGUAGCAGACCUUUUGGUGGGUCUGGUGGUGCUGCCCAUUGCGGCGGCUAGGGAGCUGUUUGUGUUUCAUUUGCCCCGCAUGGUUUGCGCGUUCUGGAGCACAAUGGACGUGUUAUGCUGCACUGCGUCCAUCCUGUCCCUCUGUGUGCUCGGCUGGGAACGUUGGUCUGGCAUUACAGCACCGCUCGCUCGUGCCAGACGCGGCGAGAGGGCCAGACUGCUCGCCUAUGCCGUCUGGCCGAUUGCCAGUGCGGUGGCGCUGCCAACUGCGUUUAUUCCUUCACCACGACACUUUCAUCCGGGAGAAAUGGCUAAAGCAUGUACUGUUAACACUAAUAUUGGCUACGUGUUUUUCAGUAUAUCGUUCUCGUUCUACCUGCCAGCGGGCAUGAUGAUAGUAAUGUAUGGAUAUAUACUUCGUGCACUGGCUGCCCCGCCUCCCAUACGCGUGCAUAGAGGUCGAUCACCGAACACUAAUAUACAGACUCAAACACCGAACAAACCUGGCAACAAUCCUGCUCCGGUCCCUGAAUCUACUCAGGAUCUUAAUUCUAAUGAAGUGCCAAGAUAUUCAACACCAAAAGGGCGCAAAUUAAAUAUUCCAGGAACAUCGAAGAGAAUUCCUAUUCCGUCACCAUUGAAAUCACCUCGUGCCUUUCGUGGGUUCAUGUCCCGUCAGCGCCGCGCCACUCGCACCAUUAUCAAGCUGAUGGGGCUGUUCUUAGUGUGCUGGACACCAUUUUUUGUCAUGUUGCCUGUAGAUUCCCUGUUCGACUGUGUCUGGGAUACAACCUGGCAGUGGUGCACAUGGCUGGGCUACCUGAACUCAGCGUUGAACCCUCUGGUGUACUCCGCAGCAUCCCCCAGUGUGAGGAGAGCCUUCCAAGCAUCUUGUACCAGUUCGAAUGAUAUGGCCAUGACGUAUAGGGAGAAACGGAGUGAUGGUAAUUGUGUUUGUAUGUGUAUUUUAAAUUAUACUAGCUUACCGCCCGCGGCUUCGCCCGCUUUCUCUAAAACGAUUUGAGAUUUAAACUAUCCUAUCUCUCA